ACACAAUACAGUUAUGUCACUGUGACCUGGCGAAUCAUAAACUUCCUGUUUUCGCUUUGUAAUACGGACGAUCGAUACCGUUCAUUGCUGACAACACGUUCAACUACAGCUUUGCAAGCAGAAUGGCCUAUCCAAGAAAAAACAUGACCAGUUCAAAACUAACUUUUGUGGAAUCAAUUCCUUAUGCAUCUGGGUUGCGCGUUACCUUCCUACAUGGGGAUAUAACAGAGGCUCGGGCUACUGCCAUUGUCACAGGCGAAAACCAAGACUUUCUCGUCGAGAGCUCAGUGACUAAAGCACUUAUCGCUAAGUCGAAAGAUUUUGAACAUUUGAGAAAUAAGCUCAGACAAGACAGGUCAACUCAUGACUUAUGGACUGUAUGUCCAAAGGUUCUUGGACGGUCAUUUAAAUAUGUCCUGUUUGCUUUUAUUGAACAUAUGAACUGUGAUGACUGGAUGAAGGGAAUGAAGUAUCUGUAUAAAGAUCUCUUCCGACAUGUUGAAAAACAGGACAUUGAGACCCUAGCUGUACCGCUGUUAGGGGCAGGUGUGGCCAAAAUGGAAGAGUCAGCAAUAAUUGCCGCAGCAAGAUCCACCGUUAAAUACAAACCAAGCAAGAAAAGGGAAGUUAUUUUCGUUGCAUCAAGUUUUGAUAAAGCAGACAAAAUGGUUACACAGUGGAGGUAUGAAUUGCAUGGCAGGGAAUCUCAAGGCACUUUGUCACGUAUCAUCUCUGCUGUUAAGGACACGUUUGAGAUAGCUCCACCCGACAGACUUUUUGCGAGACCUCGAAGUAACGGUACAUGGGUUCAGGAAUGCCAAUCGAAAAAGCAAGGUCAUUCCAAAGGUUCCACGACGAACAAAGGCAGGAGGAUCAGCUUAAAAGAACAGGAAGACAUCGACAGGGCCAUAGCAGAGUCACUAGCCGUGGAAACCAAGCACCGUCACUCACGAGGUGAAUACAAUCCGCGAAGAAAUGGCCGAAAAAGCAGCCGAGGUCAAUCUCCAAGAAGAAAGAGUAACGGAGAGGAGAGGUUCCAAAACUUCCGAUGUGACAAUUAUCGUUGGGAGAACAUUACUGAUGAAGACAUGAAGGCUGUUGCCACGCAACCAAGUACUGACGGUGACACUGUUCCCAGAUGUACAACAGAGGAUGGCAGUGACUCCGAGGAUAUGUUAAUGUGUGCAAUAUGUUUGGGUGCCAUCAUUGAUCUGAAGCAGCUGGACAAAUGUUACCAUGUCUUCUGUAAAUCGUGCAUUGACCGCAGUUUCAAGGAGCACAAACCUGUUUGUCCCACAUGCAACAUGGUGUAUGGGACCAUCAAGGGUAACCAGCCUGACGGAACUAUGAAGGUUUUCUACAACAGCACCCACCUGCCUGGUUAUGAAGACUGGGGAAGCAUCCAAAUCAACUAUGACAUUCCAAGUGGUAUACAAACGACAGGACACCCUCACCCUGGUAAGCCCUACAAGGGAAUCACACGACGGGCGUACCUCCCAGCCUGCCCAGAAGGAAAGGACAUCCUGAGACAUCUCAGGGUUGCUUUUGACCGGAAGUUGACAUUUGCCAUAGGCCGUUCUACAACAACCGGGAGGGAAAAUGUCGUGACAUGGAACGACAUUCAUCACAAAACAUCAAUGGAUGGUGGUCCGACAAGAUUUGGCUACCCUGAUCCGACAUAUCUGGCUCGGGUUCGUGACGAGCUGGCCAGCAAAGGAGUAACAGCAGACAAUGUCUAGACGCUGAGAAGAGAUCUUGUACAACAUACAAUGUCUAGACUCUGAGAACAGAUCUUGUACAACAUACAAUGUCUAGACUCUGAGAACAGAUUUAGUGGAACAUACAAUGUCUAGACGCUGAGAACAUAUCUUGUACCGAGUCUUGAGGAUUGGGACAAAUCUUGUAUAGCAUAUAAUGUCUAAACGAUAGGAACACAUCUAGUGCAAAAUACAAUGUCUAGACGGUGCGAAAAGGCUAGACAUGUAGACUA